GAGGAGGAAGUGGGCUCUCAGUGGCUGGCUGUACUCGGAGCGCUGUUGGCUGCUGGGUGGAGACUGAGCGUAGCAGCGAGGCGGCUGUCAGCCAGAGGAGAGCAGGAGGGAGGCAGCGUCUCAUCGAGCACGCGCGCGCAUGAGUGUGUGUGUGUGUGUGUGUGUGUGUCAUCUCGUUCAGAGCGUGUGGAUACUCCGUCGGGCCGGGGCUCUCACUAGGAACUGCACUAGGCGCACACCCAGGAGAGAAGACCCCAAGCAGAGAAAGUGCUGACUGAACCUGCAGCUGAAGGCCAAGGCGGAGAAGUCAGCAGAGACAAGGAACCUCCUGGUGUGAAGGUCCUCCUGAAGAGAAAGGUCCACUUCUGCUAACCGACCAGAAGAGAGUACUCUAGCCCAGAGGCACAACACAGAGUUUUAAGACAGCCUGCCCAGGCGCCUAGAGAAGCCUCAUGGCCAGCAACAACACAGCCAGCAUCGCCCAAGCCAGGAAACUGGUGGAACAGCUCAAGAUGGAGGCCAACAUUGACAGAAUAAAGGUGUCGAAGGCGGCGGCCGACUUGAUGUCGUACUGCGAAGCGCACGCCAAAGAGGACCCCCUCCUGUCCCCCGUCCCGGCCUCCGAAAACCCCUUCAGGGAGAAAAAGUUCUUCUGCGCCAUUCUGUAAACGAGGGGGGGGGGAGGGGGGCCAGGGGUUUCUGAAACGGUCCGUGGGGGGGCCGGGAUGUGGACACUCGACAUGUAGAAUUUUCUAGCUGGGGCACGGCAAUCGCCUUUCUCGAAUGCUCGCAAUGAGGGCAAUUAAAAACCAACGAGUAACACGUAAAUUUCAGUCAGGUGGCUACAAGGCGUUGCAUGUUUUAAAAGGAACCUUGUGGAGACGCACAAGGGGGAUGAAGAGGGACCAGAAGCGUGACUGACAGGAGAUCUAGAGAGUCCUCGAGGUGUGUAGUGUAGCAGCCCACGCUGACUGGUGUAGAGUUGUAAAAACAAAAUAAAAAAAUUAAAAAAUACACACACAAAAAAACUAAAAGAAAACAAAAAAAAAAACUUUGUGGUUCUUUUGAAAAAUACAAAUGUUAAGGUGGAUGGUGUAAUGGCAACCAAAAUCACGGUUUUGCAGGUUGAGCUUACGGCUGGAGAUAGCAUUUUUAUUGGAAUGAUUUUUAAAUGUUGAGUUUAUUUUUAAGUUUGAUUGGUUUGGCUAUAUCAUUUAGAAAGCUUUCUGUUAUGUGAUUAAUUAUUUGACUAUGAUAACUGUUUUUCUUAUAAUUAUAAUAGUUUAGCAAAAAUGUUUUUUAAUGACAAAAAAAGUUCAAAAGUUGAAAGAUGUGACAUUCUUUACCAAUAUACAUCUUUAACAAUGCUGAAAAAAUAUAUAAAAAACUGGCAGUGAUUUUGUUUUCUUCCGAUACUGGCUCUCUUUUUAACAUUUGUAUAAAAUUGCUAGCAAGUAAAGUGUGUUGUGCUCAGUGCUCUGAAUGUUUGUGGUGAUAUCAAUAAUAAUUGCAUGAAAAAUUGA